AUGAGUAGAUCCGUUGAACUUAUUGGUUCAGUCCCUAUUACGUUGGGAGCUCAGUAUCCGCAAAUCUUUAACCAUAAUGACUUGCCCGUGGUUGCAGAUCAGCUGUCAGUGACAUUACGACUGAAACUUAGGAAUCAUAGUUCUGAGUACUGGUCCACUAUUUUUCACAAAGGUACUGGAAACAACACCCGCACUCCCGGGCUUUGGUUGACCCAGGCAGGCAAACUGUAUGCCCGCUUCUCAAGCACCUCGAGUACUGAUGAAGGAACUCAGGAGCUCGCUGAAUUACUUUCAUUAAACAAAUGGUACCAUAUAGCUUAUACAAUUUCUAACCCUGAAAAAAAGUUAAAUGUCUACUUAGACGGUAGGUUAAUCGGCUCAUAUAAGUUCCAGCAAAAUGUUAUCUUCAAUGAUGGACCGUUGAAUAUUGGACGUGCUCACAUCCAUAUUGGGAUUGAUGGAGAAAUCAGCAAUUUUCGUUAUUUCAACUGGUGCAUAUCUGAUAAAAGAGUGCAGGCAGAUUUUGAAGGCGAUAAAAUUAAAGAAUUAAUUGCAAAUAACGAACAAUGGACAAGUGAAAAUGAGAAUAAUAAAUUAUUCUUUAAUAAACUUACAAAACAAGAACCACAGGUUCUUUGGAUUGGAUGUGUUGAUUCUCGUGUUCCGCCUGAACUCAUCACUAAAUCAGGAUUUGGUGAAUUAUUUGUGCAUCGUAACGUAGCAAAUCAAAUCAAACUCGAUGACGCCAAUUGCAUGUCAGUGUUAGAAUAUGCUGUCAACCAUUUGAAAGUUUCUCACAUUGUUAUUUGUGGCCAUACGGGUUGUGGUGGAGUAAAAAAUAGUUUUGAAUCGCACCUUGAACCUAAUCUAAUAAAAUGGUUGAAGGGAAUGUUUGGACCAACAAAACCCGCUAAUUUUGAUACUCUUGAAGGUCAAGAACAAUUGGUCAAAGAUAAUGUCGUGAAUCAAAUAAAUCAAGUUAGAAAAAUUGAUUUUGUUAAAGCUGCUAGUCAAAUCCAAAUUCAUGGAUUUGUUUUUGAUUUAAAAAAUGGCUUAUUAUUAAAGGUUCUAGCAUAA